ACGUCUUCCAAACUGCGAAAUGCCGGCGCGUCUGUUAAAGAGCACUUUCAGUUACGGCGCAUGAAAUCGAUACUAUUGGAUAUACGUGGACCAAACUAUGAAAGCUUUUUUGACACGUCCCAAGCGGAAAUUAUCUCCUGAGCUUCAAAAAAAAAUAUCGGAACCAGAAGAGUCAACCGAAGUCAAGUUGGCUUUACUAUCGUCUUUGCAUCCUCAGCUUGAUCAAGAUACCUUGCUCGAUAUCUUACUGGCACAUGAUGGGUGUGUAUCCGAGGCAUCAGCGUCGCUUAAAGUCCAGGCCCCGGUGAAGAAGGGCACUCGAGUCAUUGGAUACCAGCAAUCCUUGAAACAAUAUGCAACCCCAAGUGACUCAACUUCUUUGAGCACUACACCUAAAAAGAAGAAAUUAAAGUCAAAAGCCGGAAGCACUUUACAUCUUUUUGAUCCAGAAGACGUGGCUGAACAUACUCCGUGCACGAUUAUUCACAACUUCUUACCACCUGAAGAAGCCAACGAGUUACUGCAAGAAUUACUUGAAGAAUCAAAAACCUUCGAAAAGAUCACAUUUCAACUAUUUGAGAACGUAGUAUCAAGUCCCCAUACGUCAAGCUUCUAUGUUGAAAGCUAUGACGAGAUUGAGCGCCAGAAAACCGAGUACCACUACAACGGUGGCCGACUUACGGAUGUCCGGCGCAUCACACCUCAGCUUAUCAAGGUCAAGCCAAAAGUCCAAGAAGCUGUCAAUUCCGAGAUUCAGAAACGAAUUAAAACUCGAUAUCCUGGCGGUAAAAAGUUGAAAUAUCAACCUCCGAAUCCUUGGGUUCCAAACUCGGCCUUUGUGAACGCCUACACCGGUCCACAACAGAAUGUCGGCUGGCAUAGCGACCAUCUCACAUAUCUUGGACCUCGUGCCGUCAUUGGAUCGAUCUCGCUAGGCGUUGCUCGCGAAUUUCGUGUCAGACGGAUAAUACCAAGAGACAGCGAUACGAAAACGGUUCAAGAACAAGAUGCAGAAGGCCAGAUAUCGAUACACCUACCACACAACUCUCUUCUCGUGAUGCAUGCCGAGAUGCAGGAAGAAUGGAAGCAUAGCAUCGCGCCGGCGUCAUCGAUUGAUCCACAUCCUAUCUCUGGCACGACUCGUAUCAACAUUACGUACCGAGACUAUAAAGCAAAUCUGCAUCCAAAACUCACACCCAAGUGUCGAUGUGGGCUGCCGUGUGUUUUGAGAGCUGUGACGAAGAAGAAAGAGAAUUUUGGAAAAUACUUUUGGAUGUGUUAUGCCAACUCUCCUGGACAGCAGAACUGCGGGUUCUUUCAGUGGGCUGAGUUUGAUGAUGAUGGGAACCCUCAGUUCAAGAAAGUGAUUGGUACUAAGACUUAGCAUAUGCGAUUGAAUAAUAUGAUAUUGCUAUUUAAUCGCUCCCACCUCUUUUCGAAGCUGUUGUGCAAGAUUGGAACAAGUUUUUGUCUGACCAACAGAAUCCUAUUUGACUCGAGUCUUAUCCAGCAUCAAUCUCGAGACAUGUCAGUAAGAUGUAUCAAGAUAGCAUGCAUGAAAUGUUGUGUUCUUUUUUACGAGCUUCUGGC